AUGGGCUCUCAUCACCAAAACAAGUUUGACCUCAACGGCAGCGAUGAAUCUGCCAACAAAAAGCUCAUAACCGAUGCAGAAAUUUGUUUUGAAUUCUCCCACCAUCGCCAGGACGUUGCCCGCAUCAACAAUGGAAGCUUCGGUUCCUGCCCCGCCUCCGUGAUUGCCGCUCAGAAGAAAUGGCAGCGUCAAUACCUCCAACAUCCCGACAAUUUCUACUUCAAGCAGCUCAAACCCUCGAUUCUCCGUAGCCGUCAAGCGAUCAAGGAACUGAUCAACGCCGAAUAUGUCGACGAGGUGUCAAUCGUCGAUAACGCCACCACCGCUGCUGCUAUUGUCCUUCAACAGACAAGCCGGGCUUUCAUCAAAGGCAUGUACAGCAAAGGUGAUGCAGUAGUCAUGCUUCAUUACGCCUACGGCUCCGUCAAGAAAUCCGUUCAGGCAUACGUUACUGAUGUCGGCGGAAGAGUCAUCGAGGUUCACCUUCCUUUCCCUGUAAGCUCCAACGACGAAAUUAUUAAUGAAUUUAGGAAAGCCCUUGAAGAGGGUAGGUCAAAUGGUCUAAACAAAGUUAGGUUAGCUGUGAUCGAUCACAUAACAUCCAUGCCUUGCGUUGUUAUUCCCGUCAAAGAACUGGUUCAGAUUUGCAGAGAGGAGGGCGUUGAUCAAAUCUUCGUAGAUGCAGCCCACGCGAUUGGUUGCGUGAAUGUUGAUAUGAAAGAAAUCGGAGCUGAUUUCUACACAAGUAAUCUUUACAAAUGGUUUUUCUGCCCACCAGCAGCUGCUCUACUGUACAGUCGACGGAAGUCAGAUUGGGACUUGCACCAUCCGGUUGUUUCACACGAAUACGGGAAUGGGUUAGCGAAUGAGAGUGCAUGGAUUGGGACGAGGGACUACAGUCCACAGCUUGUGAUCCCAGAUGUGAUUGAAUUUGUGAAUAGAUUUGAAGGCGGGAUUGAAGGUAUUAGGAAGAGGAAUCAUACCAAGGUUUUUGAGAUGGCUGAGAUAUUGACUAAUGCAUGGGGUACUAAUCUCGGCGCCCCACCUGAAAUGUGUGCAAGCAUGGCCAUGGUUGGGCUUCCGGCUUGCUUGGAAAUUAAGAGUGAUUCUGAUUGUUUCAAGUUAAGGGCGCAUUUGCGGACUCACUUUGGUGUUGAGGUGCCUAUAUAUUACCAGGUGCCUCCUCUUACUAAGGAUGAUAAUGAAGAGGAUAAUUCUAUCAUAACAGGGUAUGCGAGAAUAUCUUACCAAGUCUACAACAUUGUUGAAGAUUACUAUAAAUUUCGAGAUGUAAUUAACAAACUGGUCAAAGAUGGAAUCACAUGUGAGCAGCUCUUAUAAUAAUAAAGACAAUCAUCAUUUGUGUAACAUCGAUGUUUAUGAAUAAAAUUGACAUGUAACAAAU